GAACAGGUAUGGUCAGUUUUUCCGUCAAAAGAACUACGCAAACUGAGAACAGUUCUAUCAACCUAAAGUUUUGAAGAUUUUUCGUUGCACUUAUAACAACAUUUGCAAUAGUUUUUAUACCUAUUUAUUGAUUUGAAUACCUAUACUACCUUUGCUUUGACAACCUAUCAUCUUGGUGAGAAAUGUCAAAUUCCUGUUAAAAAAAUACAUUUUUCAUUUUUCAUCAUGGAAUCGCAAAAUCUGACCUCAAAUUCAUUGUGCGUAGGCAAAAGGGUUCAUUAUGCAGAACAUUUAAUGGAAACAUAUAACAAUAAUCUCGCAGAAGGCGAAGUCCUUCCAGCGCCCUCAGAAAUAUCCAAAUCAUCCGCUUUAAACUAUUCUGAUGUUGGAAACAGCGAAAUAUCAAUAAGCACCGAUAUUUUAGAUCUGGACGAGCAGGACUUGAAAACUUUAAAAAAAAAACUUGAGGAAUUCGAAUACAAAAUUAAACAUCUAGAAAAUGAAAAUAAUAGGAUUAAUGUUAACCUAAUUGCCGAAAAAAAGAAAAAUAUCAAACUGGAGAAAAAACUUCAGUUUGUGAAAGACAAUCAAGAAGUCUUUAUGAGACUAAAAGAAGCUUACAUAAACAUGAAGUAUAAUGAAGCUGCUGGAAGAAAAAUGAUUGAAAUUAGAGAGCGAGGCGUCCAGACUUGGGAAGGAACUUUGUGUAGUUCCUGCCUUGAAACUGAAGAGCUAAGGAGGCAAAUCGAUAUUAUGACAAAAAAAUAUAAAGAACUUUUUGUUGUAUCACCUGGAGAAAUGGAACAUCUGCUAAAUACUAUUAAAUAUCUAAAAGACCUUAUUAAUAGGCGAGAGGAGUCAUGGACAAUAAAUAUUAACCGGGAAUAUAAGUUACAGACCAACAUAUCGGUCUUAGAACAUGAAAACUCAAAGCUAAGAGAAGUUAUAACUAACCUACAAGAAAAAGACGGCUCGAUUCCCCAAGAAGUUAUAAACGAAGCCAAAUUAGAGCAAAAGCUUUUGGAAGAAAGAAAAUUUGAAGAAAUGCAGAAGUUUAUAGAAAUUGUGACAAAAGAUCUGGAAAAACUUAAGAAGAUCAUUAUAAAAUAUGAAAAAAAUAUGAGAGAAAUAAAAAUGGAAUACCCAGGAAAAUUUAUUUCUCCUUUAAAUGACAAAGAAAUGAAAAUUGUCAAUCAAAUUAUAACAAAGUACACAGCCAAGGUUCAAAGAAAAGCUUUAGAUGAAAUAAAUCGAAGCAGAAGCCCAUCGGUAGGGUCAGAACGUCUACCUCAAGUGCACAGACCUUCGAGCCCUUUAAGAAGCAUCAGCAGAGGACAGUCCAGCACUCCUUCACUAUCCCCAGUUCUCCCUGUAAGGUCUCUAAAAACUCCAGAGUCUGCGAUUUUAAAUAUUGAUUGUUUGUUUGAAUAAAUACGUAUUUGUCUUUUAAAAUUAAUAAAAUCUAGUUUUUAAAAAUUAA